GGCAGCUCCCUUUGCUGGGCAGGAAGUGUUCUGACUUGCUGCCUGAGGUCUUUGUGAGGCAGACAGGAAUGCUGGCGCUUCACAUUCGCCUCGGAGGGUGUGGAGGGAGCACUGCCUCAGCCUCUGCAGCCAUUCGCACCACAGCAGAAAAAAGGCACAUUGUUGGAGAGAGGAACGUACAGGUCAUUCUCCAGGGAGAUGGCAGCGAAGAUAUCCAAAGACGAGCUGGAGGAGCUGCGUGAAGCCUUCGGGAAAGUUGAUCUGGACAGUAAUGGCUACAUUAAUGACUAUGAGCUCCAUGAACUGUUCAAAGAAGCCAAUCUUCCCCUUCCUGGUUACAAAGUCCGUGAGAUCAUCCAGAAGCUGAUGACUGAUGGGGACAAAGACAAGGACAACAAGAUCAGCUUCAGUGAAUUUGUUUCGAUCUUCCAGGAGCUUAAAAGUAGUGAUAUUGCAAAGACCUUCCGCAAUGCUAUCAACAAAAAAGAGGGCAUCCUGGCCAUCGGGGGAACAUCCGAACUGUCCAGUGCAGGCACACAGCAUUCCUAUUCAGAGGAGGAGAGGUUUGCGUUUGUGAACUGGAUCAAUUCUGCUUUGGAGAAAGACCCAGACUGCAAGCAUGUGCUGCCGAUGAACCCCAACACAAAUGACCUCUUCAAGGCUGUGGGUGAUGGCAUUGUGCUGUGUAAAAUGAUCAACCUGUCUGUCCCUGAUACAAUUGACGAGAGGACAAUAAACAAGAAGAAAUUGACGCCAUUCACAACACAGGAGAACCUCAACCUGGCACUAAACUCUGCCUCAGCCAUCGGCUGCCACGUGGUGAACAUCGGCGCUAUGGACCUGCGCGAAGGCAAGCCGCAUCUGGUGCUGGGCCUUUUGUGGCAGAUCAUCAAGAUUGGCCUGUUUGCAGACAUCGAGCUCAGUAGGAACGAGGCGCUGGCAGCAUUGCUCCGAGAAGGUGAGACUCUGGAGGAUCUGAUGAAACUUUCCCCAGAGGAGUUGCUCCUGCGAUGGGCAAACUUCCAUCUGCACAAUGCCGGCUGGCAGAAAAUCACCAACUUCAGUUCUGAUAUAAAGGACUCCAGGGCUUAUUUCCACCUCCUGAACCAAAUUGCACCCAAAGGCGCUAAAGAGGGUGAGGAACGCAUUGACAUCAGCAUGGCAGGCUUCAAUGAGAAAGACGACUUGAAAAGAGCAGAAGCUAUGCUGCAGCAGGCUGAGAGACUUGGCUGUAGACAGUUUGUCACACCCACCGAUGUGGUGUCUGGAAACCCCAAACUGAACCUGGCUUUCGUGGCCAACCUCUUUAACAAGUAUCCAGCACUGACCAAACCUGAGAACCAGGACAUCGACUGGGGCUUGCUGGAAGGUGAAACCAGAGAGGAGAGAACUUUCCGAAACUGGAUGAACUCACUGGGCGUGAACCCUCAUGUCAACCACCUAUACGGCGAUCUCCAAGAUGCUCUGGUCAUCCUGCAGCUCUAUGAGAGGAUCAAGGUUCAUGUUGACUGGAACAAUAAAGUAAACAGGCCCCCUUACCCAAAGCUUGGGUCCAACAUGAAGAAGCUGGAGAACUGCAACUACGCUGUGGAUCUGGGGAAAACUGCAGCAAAAUUUUCCCUUGUGGGCAUUGGAGGCCAAGAUCUAAAUGAUGGGAACCCCACCUUGACCCUGGCUCUGGUCUGGCAGUUAAUGAGGAGGUAUACCCUGAAUGUCCUCGAGGACCUGGGAGAAGGUGAGAAAGUGAACGAUGACAUCAUUGUCAACUGGGUUAAUAAAACUUUGGCAGCGGCAGGAAAGAAGUCAAAAAUCUCCAACUUUAAGGACAAAGAAAUCAGCUCCAGCUUGCCUGUGUUGGACCUUAUCGAUGCCAUCCAGCCAGGCUGCGUCAACUACGAGCUAGUAAAAACUGGUAGUCUGUCUGAGAGCGACAAGCUGGACAACGCCAAAUUUGCUGUAUCCAUGGCCAGAAAGAUUGGCGCACGCGUGUACGCACUACCUGACGACCUGGUGGAGGUUAAACCCAAAAUGGUCAUGACCGUGUUUGCUUGCCUGAUGGGUCGAGGAAUGAAGAGAGCAUAAUAAAAUUAAGCAAAAUAAAAAACGCAAAGCCGCUGCGGCCAAUCAAAAGCCGACGUCUGACCCACAAGCCAUUUGCUGGAUGAAAGGCUUCAGGUUGAAUAAUUUAGCCAAUAACAAUCAGGAAACAAGAAACUCAAAUAGCAACAGAUGUUAGAGAAUCACGUUUAAGUUUGGCAGGACUGGGGCUAUACAGUUGAGGCCAAAAUUAUUAGCCCCCCAGGAAUUUUGGAACAUUUUCCUAAAGAUCUUUCCAAUGUUUGCAGCAUUGAUAAAACU